AUGGAGAAGACACAGCGUGAAGCUUUCCGCAAGGCCUGCAAAUCGGUUCGCGACUGGACAACUUUCUUUGCGGCCCGGGCCAUGAAGUACCAGGACGACUUUGGCGAGGAGGCGACCACCGAGAAAUACGGUUUCAUUAUCGAUCUUUGGAAGGAGAUGCAGGACUUCGAGUUGGUCCGUGACCAGCUCCUCCAUGUCUUGAUGGCCGGGCGGGAUGCGCUAGCGAGCUUUCUGGCUUGGACCUUCUUCCACCUAGUCCGCAACCGAGACAUCUUGGAGCGGCUCAAGCGGGAUAUUGCUACAGUACCAACAGAGGGAGAUAUCACCCGUGACUAUAUCAGGAAGCUUCCCUACCUUCGCUGCUGUCUCAAUGAAAGUAUGCUGCUUCUACCGACGUUCCAACUUCAUGGAUAUUUACUUACCGAUCGAUACCCGCAGCUUUGA